GUUGAGGAAAUCAGGGACAGAAUAAGAGAAAGUAUUGAUAACGAAAUGAGUAAGAAAAGAAAUACUGUUAACCAAAUUCCUAAUACUUCCGGUUGCUCAUCAUAUUCAUCAACUUUUCCAUCAGGUCCUUUGCUUAAAGAUAAUAUGGAUUAUUAUACAGAUGCUAAAGACUAUUUAAAUGAACACUAUCCCGAAGUAACUCGAGGGCAAGUAUUCGAGUUAGAUUUAAAAAAUAAAAAGCUUAAAGGUUGCUUAAAAGUAGAAAGUUUUACUAACUUAGAAACCCUUAAAUGUUCUGAUAAUUGCCUGUCCAGUAUUGAUUUUCCUCAUAAUUUUGAAAAGUUGACUACUUUAGAAAUAAAAAAAAAUAUAUUUAAAGAUCAAUCAUUGUCAAUGUUUAGUGGACUUGUUAACUUAGAAAAUCUAGAUGUAAGUGAAAACAAGUUUAUUGGUUCAUUGGAACCCUUAAAAGACAUAAAAAAUUUGAAAAACUUGAAUAUUUCAAAAACAUAUCUCGAACCCACUUUGGAGUACACAAAGAAUCUGAUUGAGUUUUAUUGUUCCUGUUCCAACAAUGAUUUGACCACUUUGAACUUAACAAAUAGUACGCAAUUAGUAAAACUUGACUGUUCCCAUAAUAAACUAACUGAACUAGAUAUCAAUAAGUGUUCUGAAUUAGUCUUCCUUUAUUGCAAUAACAAUCUUUUAAAACUUUUAAACCUUUCCCACAAUGAAAAAUUAGAAGAAUUAAACCUCGCUUCUAAUAAUUUCUACAAUCAAAAUUUAUCUUUUUUGGCUCAUUUGACUGAACUAAGGAGGCUGGAAUUAGGGGAAAACUUAGGGGAAAAAUGA